AUGGAGCAGCACCGCGGUGCUCGCCCGCCGGGCCUGCGGCCCCCUCCUGGGUUUGAGGCGCCCACCAGCCCCCAGCCCAAGACCACCACCGAGGAGCAACCCUCCUCGACGUCCUCUUCUGCCGCCUUCGGGCUCUUCCCUUUCCCCCCGGCCACGGGUUUUCCGCGGUCGCCCUCUUCUUCGGCCGCCUCCGGCCGCUCGACACUCCCCGAGGUGUCGAGCGAGUACAGCGAUCGGGGGAAGAUGGAGGAGACCAACGCGUGGCUCCUCGGCCACCACCACGACCAGGUGGUGGCCACCAUGCACAAGAAGUUCCAGGCUCUCCUGGACUACGACAAGACGAAGAAUCGCAAGAUUCUUCACAUCGACUGGAUCGCUGGGAACCCCAACGAUCCCACCAAGAAGGAGGGAGCUGCCGCCGCCCAUGGAGGUAUGAGCGCCGAGGAACGGCGCCUCAGCGACAGCGUGGCCAGGACGGUCAUGCGGAUCACCCACGGCGUAAGCCAGUGGGAUGAGACCUUAACGUGGAACAGGGCAAUGUUCUACGGCGACUGGCUGAACGACCAGAAGGGGUUCCGCCAGUUCUUCUACGAGAUCCAAAUCAAGAGGAUCUCUGGCGCCGACGAGGCGCUUCUCGAGAAAUGCGGCAUCAGCCCGGCGUUUGUCUGGCUGCCCCUACACGACGAGAAGGCUCCCGCCAUCACCCCCAUGGUGGUCCCCCCCGUCGUCCCCUCCCUGGUUCCUGGGCAGGCGCCGCGUGAGCUCCCCAUUCCGGGCCAGGUCAACACCGAGCCCAUCCCGGAGGUCGAGGAAGAGGAGUAUGCCACUCCUACCCCCACUGCUUCCCUCAAAGUCCCGACGUGCUCGGCCGACAAGGGCAAGGGAAAGGCCGUCGCUCCCCAAGACCAAGCCGACGACAGCAAUCCCGGCGCUCCCCUCAUCGUCUCUUCCGAGCCCGCCCAGGCCACCCCGCAGCAGCGGACUCCUCUCCCCAGCAUUGACAACCUCGCUCUCGGCCAGCAGAGCAGCGGCACCGACGACGCCGAGGCUCCUUCCGAUCCUGGCACCCCUCGUCCCGGCAUCCCUCGCAGCCAGCCUCUCCCCGCUUCCGGCAGCUUCGAGUCUAUCGACCCCCCUCCCUCGGAUGUAUCCGACUCCUCCUCCGAGUCGUACGAGGAUGAAGGCACCGUCUAUCUAGCCGACGGCGUUGAUCCCUUCGAGGCGCUCAUGCCCGCCCACCACACUCCGGCUGUCAGCGCCGCCGACCUGCACCACCACCGCCAGGAGUUCGACCGCAUUGCCUACGCCAAGCGCGAGGAGCUCGAGCACACAUUUGCCUUCAUGAAGGAACCCGAGGUUAUCGAGCGCAUCAAGAAUUCCUUCGUCUACAGCGUCCGCGUCGUUGCCUUCCCUGACAACAACAACAUCGUCAACGAAUUCACGGGCCCGCGUGUCAAGGACCGCUACGGUACCAUCAUCGGACAGGGUGGUUGGAUCGUGCCUCCUCUCGAAGAGCGCGCCAAAUGGCGCGACGAACGCAAGCGUGCGUACCGGAACAAGGGCGCCAAACCUGGCAAGUAUGAGGGCCUCCCCCGACAGCAAGUUCAGAACUGUAUGCCCAUGAAGUUCGACUGGUCAGACGGCAUUGAGGCGCGCUAUUAUGGCCCGGUCGCCCCGGUCUGGCGCGAGACUUGCGACCCGACCUUGGAGGAUAUCUACUGGAUGGUCUGGCAGCUGAUUGCGGGGAAGCAGUUCCUCGGUUUCAACCCCGGCAUCGGUUUCGGUUCACAUCGACCCCGAGCGACGGGCGACGUGGCAAUGCUGAACCAGUGCCCGUUCAAGAGUCCGUCGGCUGAGGCACUUUACCACACAGCUUCCCAUCCGCGUGGCAAGGAGAAAUAA